UGAAGGGUAUACGGGGAUAUAAGCCGGCAUCACUACCUCCAGAGCAGAGUCAGCUGUUGCAGGCACAUCUCAUCACACAGACAUCAACAUGUUCAAGCUCGUAGUCCUUCCUCUGCUGUUCGCCGCUGUCAGCGCAGGGAUCAUCGGCGCCCCUCUGGCCCAUGGCCCCGCCCUAGCGAUCGGACACCACCCUCUGGUGGCGGCCCCCGUGGCAGUGCACACCCCCUUGGUGGCCACCCACGCCUCAUCUUACGCUAAUACAGUGCGAGUGGUCCACAAUUCCGUUCCAGUAGUGAGGACAGUGGCCGCUCCAGUGGCUGUCCACGCUCCAGUGAUCGCUGAGCCGAUCUCCCUCAGCCACGGCUCGCUCCUCCACGGCUACCAUGGCUUCCAUUGAUCAUCAUAAUCUUCAUCUUCAUCAUCAUUCAUGCUCCAUUUUCGACACUUUUGUAUCAAAUUAUUUAUUCACACUCAUUAUAAACUUAUUUUUAAAAGUCUAA